AUGGAUUCAGCCAGCACAAAAAAUCAAGAUCGACCCUUGAAAAGGGGUCGCACCGAUAGAGUUAGACUUGAUGUCGUAAGUUUAAACCCGGAACCCUGGUUCCCCAAAGUACUUGUGAUAAAAUCGGACAAUGAAUCCAAACCUCUUGCGAAAAUAUCACCAUUUCUAGUAGCAAAGGAACUAGAGAAACUUCUAGGCAAGUCUUACAAUGCUAAAAAGCUAAACACUGGGGAUCUUCAGGUUGAAGUCCACACAAAACAACAGAGUACCGCACUCCAAGGAGUGAAACAGGUUGGUGACAUCAAAGUUACGGUCACAACACACCGCACCUUAAACAUAGUGAAAGGUGUGAUAUCCGAGGAUGAACUCCUUUCUUGUUCGGAAGCAGAGAUAGAGGAAGGAUUGAAGGAUCAAGGGGUUGUAUGUGCAAAGCGCAUUGUAAUGAGAAGGGAUGGUAACGAAAUCCAAACAAAGCACGUAAUACUCUCUUUUCAGCUACACACACUCCCGUCAGAGAUCAAAGCUGGCUACAUUAACUGUCGUGUACGACCAUUCAUUCCAAACCCCAGACGAUGCUUUAAAUGUCAACGUUUCGGCCACAGCUCCCAGAUGUGUCGCGGACAACAAGCUUGCCCAAAGUGUGCCGGUAAUGACCACACGCCGGAGUCAUGUAGCAAAGAAUGUCACUGUGUCAAUUGUCAAGGCAGCCAUCCGGCAUAUUCGAGGUCAUGCCCACGCUGGAAAGACGAAAAAGAUAUACUUAGAAUCAGGACCGAACAAAAACUGACGUACAAGGCAGCAAAAGCACAGCUGGACUUUCAAAAGAGAGGAACGUUUUCUGAGGUGGUGCGUAGGGGAGUGGCACCACUCAGAGUAUCCGUGGAGACCCAAACUUGUGGGCCUCCACUCCACACUCCCCAUACACAAGAAACGUCUGCGGAGAGUUCGCCUCCGCCGGCUCCCGCCACAAUCUCUACGGAGGUUGAUGGCACGUUUUCAGUCUGGGUUGGGCUCACUGGGAGCUCAUCCCAGACUGCCACACGCGCAAUGGAGCUUGACGAUGAUGACUGCAUGUCGCAGAAAUCAUCGUCAAGUCUUCCAAGUACACUGGACCAGAGAGCUCCUUCCCAAGGGAAGGAGCAAAGAGAAAAACAUGGAGGUCGAGGUAGAGGCAAGUCAAAGGAUAAACAGAGGCCCCCCCCGCCAAGGGUCACACCCCCUUAA